AUGGAGGCUAACCAGCGGAUCGCUACGAUCGCAGUCCAUCUCCAGCAUUCGAAUCCCCAGAUGGAGGAAAGUUCUGCUUUGAGGCAAGCUGAGUGCAGAGCUAAAGGAGGAUCACCAGGGUUCAAAGUUGCUAUCCUAGGCAUCGGCCAGCCGCUUGCAAUGCUAAUGAGGAUGAAUCCGCUCAUCUCUGUUCUUCAUCUUUAUGAUGUUGUGAACUCCCCUGGUGUCACAGCCGAUCUCAGUCACAUGGACACUGGUGCAGUGGUACGUGGUUUCCUGGGGCAACCGCAGCUUGAGAGUGCAUUGACCGGUAUGGACCUUGUGAUCAUACCUGCUGGUGUUCCAAGGAAGCCUGGGAUGACAAGGGAUGACCUUUUCAACAUCAAUGCCGGAAUUGUCAAGACACUCUGUGAAGGAGUUGCAAAGUGCUGCCUGAAUGCAAUAGUUAACCUGAUCAGCAAUCCAGUGAAUUCUACCUUUCCAAUUGCGGUGGAGGUCUUUAAGAAGGCCAGUACUUAUGAUCCGAAGCGACUUUUGGGAGUUACAACUCUUGAUGUUGUCAGAGCUAACACGUUUGUGGCGGAAGUCCUGGGACUUGAUCCUAGAGAAGUUAAUGUCCCGAUUGUUGGAGGUCAUGCAGGAGUGACAAUUUUGCCUCUUUUGUCACAGGUCAAACCUCCAUGCAGCUUCACCCCCGAAGAAACGGAAUACCUAACAAAUCACAUUCAAAAUGGUGGGACAGAGGUUGUUGAGGCAAAAGCUGGGGCUGGAUCUGCUACUCUGCCAAUGGCAUAUGCAGCUGUCAAGUUUGCAGAUGCAUGCCUCUGGGGUUUGAGAGGAGAUGCCGGAAUCGUGUAAUGUGCCUUUGUAGCUUCCCAG